UUUUUGACACGACAAAUUUUGCUUGGCAGAUUUGCAUCAUUGUGAUCCACAACAUCUGAAAAUGACGGAAGAAGCUGUCGAAAAGAAAAACUAUUAUGCUCUUUAUUCGUACAGUCCACAAAGCAUUCCAGAUAAUAGUGGGGAUAAUCAGCAAACAACUGAAAAUUUAGGAUUUAGUGUGUCUCAUGUUCUGAGUGACCUGCCAGAAUCCUUAGAAGCUGACCUCUCCCAGUUCCUGUUCAGUAAGAUCUCUAAGGGUCUAAUCUACAAUGAUUCAGGCAGCAUCGCUUCCUUUGUUUACAGUGAGGGUGACCUACAAAGAGAGAUGUCCUGUUAUUUCUGCAUGCUGAGUGGAGCAGACACUGCUAAUGUUGAUAUCAACCUUGGAAGGGGGGACUGUGGCAAAGACUCAAGAACCAAGUCACAUGUUGUCUGCUUCCUCACUCUUCAUGACAACAUGCUAGAUCAUUUCAGACAUGAAUUGGAUAUGUAUGCUUUAGGGCUCUUUAAAUUCUUAGAACAAGAAAAUGAAGCCCAGGUGAAGAUUUACCUGGAGAAAUGGUCGUACGAGACAACCGAGUACCUCUGUAGAACUCUGUCAUCUGUUGGUCAGGACAUCAAGUACCUCAUGUAUGCUGCACUGAUGGAUGCUCAGGUUGUAUUUGAUGGAGUGGAGAACAGUAUACAGCAGGAUUUACUCAAGUUUGUUAAGUCGUGUAGCUUAGGGGAUAUGCUGCGACAGACGGGAAGCCCUCUUUCUGGGAGCCUGGACAUGUUAGCAGAUCUCAAUGUUCAAAGCACAGAUGACAAAAGGACAACAAUUCAGAUAAAAGCUGUUGAUGGCAGUCUCAAAUUCUCACCAGAAUAUUGUACAAGGUUCUGUGAAGACUGGAGUCAUUCUGUAAAUAGUUCAAAAACUGAGAACCCAGGGCUGAUCAGACAGGUCAUAGAGGCAGGUAAACUAAAGUACACUCAGAGUAUAAACACCAUGAAAAGAUUGAUGAUGCAAGCAGAAAAUGACUUUUAUGCACUAUACAGGGCCUAUCUGUUCCUGAAGAACUCUGGGAAUUGUGAAAUUCUUCUGAAUUGUGCUCACCUUGACUCUAUGCCAGAGACAUACAAUGUGUUUAAAUGUCUUGAGGAGUUUGUUAGAGAAACUGGUGUGAGGUAGAAAUAGUGUUCCUAUAAAUAAAGAUUUUAAUAGUGAAA